CGAGAGAGAGGGAGAGAGAGGGUACGCCAAGUGCCCCGCCCACCACCACCAGUAUAUAAACUGUUCCUGCUCUACCCGGGCAUCAGUUACCUCACAUCUCCUCUCUACACAACAUCAUGAAGACAGUAGCUCUGGUGCUCUCGGUGGCGGUGGUGGCGUGGGCGGCUCCUCAGGACAACUACAACUACCAGGCGCCGGCCGUGCAACAGCCUCAGUACCCCGACGCUCCCGCCCAGUACAACUUCCAGUGGGACAUCAACGACGAUUACUCAGGCAACUUUUACGGUCACCAGGAGCAGAGAGACGGAGACAACACCCAGGGCAGUUACUACGUGAGGCUGCCUGACACUCGCCUCAUGAGGGUUCAGUAUUACGUCGACGACUACGGCUUCCACCCCACUGUUACCUUCGAGGGUGAGGCCCAGUACCCCAGCGCCCCCACCAGGGUCUACUCCCAACCUGCCCCAGCCCCCCAGCAGACUUAUCAACAACCAGCCCCAGCCCCCCAGCAGACGUACCAGCAGCCCACCCCAGCUCCCACACAGUACUUCUCUCAGCCAGGAAAAACAGUAGCUCUGGUGCUCUCGGUGGCGGUGGUGGCGUGGGCGGCUCCUCAGGACAGCUACAACUACCAGGCGCCGGCCGUGCAACAGCCUCAGUACCCCGACGCUCCCGCCCUGUACAACUUCCAGUGGGACAUCAACGACGAUUACUCAGGCAACUUUUACGGUCACCAGGAGCAGAGAGACGGAGACAACACCCAGGGCAGUUACUACGUGAGGCUGCCUGACACUCGCCUCAUGAAGGUUCAGUACUAUGUCGAUGACAACGGCUUCCACCCUAUUGUUACCUUCGAGGGUGAGGCCCAGUACCCCAGCGCCCCUUCUAGGGUCUACUCACAGCCCGCACCAGCCCCCCAACAGACGUACCAGCAACCAGCCCCCCAGCAGACGUACCAGCAACCAGCCCCCCAGCAGACAGACCAAGUUUGGCAGCUUCUAGAGCUACGAAACACUGCCAGGCCUUUUAGGGGCAAGAGUGAGGUGUUGGCGUAUUGGGAAACCACCUGUGGUGGGGGUCGCACUCAUGCAGAUUCUGUGAACAAGCAUACCCCUGGUGAGACAGCGGCUCUGAUUCUCUCUCUGGCGGUGGCGGCGUGGGCGGUCCCUCAGGGCGACUACAACUACCAGGCGCCGGCUUCACAGGGACCCCAGUACGCCUCAGCACCCGCCCAGUACAACUUCCAGUGGGACGUCAACGACGCACCUUCAGGCAACUUUUACGGUCACCAGGAGCAGAGGGACGGAGCCAACACCCAGGGCAGUUACUACGUGCAGCUGCCCGACUCUCGCCUCAUGCGUGUUGAGUACUACGUUGACGAGACUGGCUACCACCCAACUGUGACCUUCGAGGGAGAGGCUCAGUUUCCCAGCGGCCCCUCCAGGGGCUACUCCCAACCCGCUCCAGCUCCUAGCCAGACGUACUCCCGGCCAGCUCCUGCCCCCCAGCAGACUUCAGCUCAGACAUCCUCCCAACGCACAACCAUGAAGACAGUGGCUCUGAUUCUCUCUCUGGCGGUGGCGGCGUGGGCGGUCCCUCAGGGCGGCUACAACUACCAGGCGCCGGCCUCACAGGGACCCCAGUACGCCUCAGCACCCGCCCAGUACAACUUCCAGUGGGACGUCAACGACGCACCUUCAGGCAACUUUUACGGUCACCAGGAGCAGAGGGACGGAGCCAACACCCAGGGCAGUUACUACGUGCAGCUGCCCGACUCUCGCCUCAUGCGUGUUGAGUACUACGUUGACGAGACUGGCUACCACCCCACUGUGACCUUCGAGGGAGAGGCUCAGUUUCCCAGCGCCCCCUCCAGGGGCUACUCCCAACCCGCUCCAGCUCCUAGCCAGACGUACUCCCGGCCAGCUCCUGCCCCCCAGCAGACGUACCAACAGCCAGCCCCAGCUCCCUCACAGUUCUACUCUACACCUGGGAAUUCAGCUCAGACAUCCACUCAACGCACAACCAUGAAGACAGCGGCUCUGAUUCUCUCUCUGGCGGUGGCGGCGUGGGCGGUCCCUCAGGGCGGCUACAACUACCAGGCGCCGGCCUCACAGGGACCCCAGUACGCCUCAGCACCUGCCCAGUACAACUUCCAGUGGGACGUCAACGACGCACCUUCAGGCAACUUUUACGGUCACCAGGAGCAGAGGGACGGAGCCAACACCCAGGGCAGUUACUACGUGCAGCUGCCCGACUCACGCCUCAUGCGUGUUGAGUACUACGUUGACGAGACUGGCUACCACCCCACUGUGACCUUCGAGGGAGAGGCUCAGUUUCCCAGCGCCCCCUCCAGGGGCUACUCCCAACCCGCUCCAGCUCCGAGCCAGACUUACUCCCGGCCAGCUCCUGCCCCCCAGCAGACGUACCAACAGCCAGCCCCAGCUCCCUCACAGUUCUACUCUACACCUGGGAAAUAAGAAUCAUGGACGGAGCCUCAGAUCAUGGUUUUAGCUGUACAGUACAUCGUCCACGACCCUCGUCUCUAAUGGCCUAAAACUUAUUGUGGUUUUCUUAAUAGCGAUUAUAUUAUUAUUUAUAAACUUUUCGCCCUCCACUUAAUAGUUCCGUCCUUGUUAUCAUACAUAAUCUUCAAACCCUUCACUAUUAAACACCAAUUUUAAUAUUUUAUUUUACUAAAGACUGACAAUUUUAUUUAGCACUGAGACCCCUCGUACCCAAUGGGUGAACAUCUCGUGUGGGUCAUGUGAUGUACAGUACAGUACGGUACAGUACAGUACGGUACAGUACAGUACAAUACGGUACGGUACAGUACAGUACAGUACAGUAUAUUCUUCACAAUAUUCCCUGAUCUGUCUUAUUCCUUCACACACGAAUAUCGAUGACAAGAUUACUCCUGUUGUGAGUGCCAUUUACUGUUUCCUAAUCCACCGCCUAGUUUAUAGGUAUGCUUACCAAUAUAUGUUUACUUAGCUAUAUUUUUGUAUGAAAAAUAUAUUGAUGCAUUCAAUAAAAUAUCUCAUGAA